GAAGAUAUUCAGAUUAUGAAGGACCUCGGAGUAGAUUCUUACCGGUUCUCCAUCUCUUGGAGUAGGAUUUUACCAAAUGGAAGCUUAAGUGGCGGAAUUAACCAGCAGGGUGUUGAUCACUAUAACAGUUUGAUUGACGAAUUGAUAAAAAAUGGUAUCAAACCUUUCGUGACGAUUUUGCACUUUGACUUACCACAAGCUCUGGAAGAGAAAUAUGGUGGUUACUUGAAUCGCUCUUUUGUGAAUGAUUUUAAAGACUACAGUGAACUUUGCUUCAAAUUAUUUGGAGAUAGAGUUAAGAAUUGGUUCACAAUUAAUGAGCCAUCAAUUCCUGCUGUAUACGGGUAUGAAGUCGGGAUUGCCCCACCCGGGAAGUGUUCACUUCAGGAUGAUAUUUGUGUGUUUGGGUCUUCAGAGAAAUGUUUCGUCCCCGUAGGUCCAUGCAAAUUUGGUGGCAAUUCAUCCACAGAUCCUUACAUUGCAGCCCACAACCAGAUUCUUGCUCAUGCCACUGCAGCAAAGCUUUACAAAGAGAAAUACCAAGCACAGCAAAAUGGUGAAAUUGGAAUCGUCCUUGUUUCUAGAUACUAUGUGCCUUUUUCAGAAUCGCAGGAAGAUAAAGCUGCAGCGGAAAGACUCUUCGAGUUCACCCUAGGAUGGUUUAUGGAUCCAUUUGUGUACGGAGAUUACCCAAAGAGUAUGAAAGAGUUGGUGAAAGAAAGACUGCCUACAUUUUCUCCGGAAGAGAAAAUUUUGAUCAAGGGAAGUCUAGAUUUUGUUGGAAUCAAUUACUACAUAUCAACUUAUGCUAGACAUAAGGCACCAUCUAAGGAAUUGCGCUACAGUAAUGAUGUGUCAGCCGAAGAAAUAGGGCAUUGGCCAGAAGGCUUUCAGAAACUGAUGGAGCAUAUAAAGGAAAAGUAUCAAAACCCGAAAAUCUACAUCACCGAAAAUGGACUUAGUACUGAAAGAAAUGAUGCCCUUGGACUUGCUGAUCAAUUGAAGGAUCCGGAAAGAAUUGCGUACAUUGUUCGUCAUUUGUAUCGUCUCAAUAAGGCAAUCAAGAAUGGAGUAAACGUGAAAGGGUACUUCUGCUGGGCGCUAUUCGACGAUUUUGAAUGGGGCAUGGGAUUUCUGGAUAGAUUUGGUCUAUACCAUAUCGAUUUGAUUCACAAUUACAAACGCAUGCCUAAGCUUUCUGCUACAUGGUUCAAAGCUUUCCUUCAAAGCAAUGUGAACCGAACUAGCUAAGUACGUGGUUACAUUGAUUGUGGCAUGUGACUGUAUCAUGUACGUACAUACGUAC